AACAACAACACUUUACACAGCGUCGUCUUUUCCUGCAGGUGGUGGAGUGUAGUGGACUCCCGCACGAAGCUCGCAAAACUCCUAGGACACCUAGGGAGUCUGUGAGCUGGUGUCCGGCUCUGGCUUGCUAUGCACGGUUAAUGCUUUAACCUGUAAAACUACAAAAAAAACUACAAAAAAAAAGGGGGGGGAGGGAAAUAGAGGGACGUGGUGCGAGGAGACCCUGAGCUCGUCACCCAUCCCCUUAAAAAAAAAAAAACCCACCGCAGAAUGGCACCGUCCCUCAUCCGAGCUUGCCGCAGUCUGGCUCUCUCGACGUGGCUGCUGUCGUUUUGUUUCGUCCACUUGCUGUGCCUGGACUUCACCGUUGCGGAGAAAGAGGAGUGGUACACUGCUUUUGUCAACAUCACCUACCUGGACCCCGUCACUUCGGAGGUCAAGACGGAGAAAACCGAGUGCGGUCGGUACGGCGAGCACUCGCCCAAGAAAGAAGCCGGGGGUCCGGUCCUGGCGCCGUCCCUCCUGCAGGACAGACAGGCGUGCGACCCCAACAUCAGGUUCCCUCCUGUGGCUCCCAACACCGCCUGGGUGGCGUUGGUGGCUGCGGGGAACUGUACGAACCGAGAGAAAAUCCGUAACGUUGCCAACUACAACGCCUCUGCGGUUGUGAUAUACAACGUGGACUCCACCGGUGCCAACGACACCAUAACGAUGACCCAUCAAGGUACCGGCGAUGUUGUGGCCAUAAUGAUCCCAGAGCCUAAAGGUCGUGAGAUUGUGGCUUUGCUGGAGCAGCGCGUUGUGGUCACGAUGCACAUCACCAUAGGAACCCGCAACCUGCAGAAGUACGUGAGCAGAACAUCGGUGGUGUUUGUAUCCAUCUCCUUCAUCGUUCUCAUGAUCAUCUCCCUCGCCUGGCUCGUCUUCUACUAUAUCCAGAGGUUCCGCUACGCUAAUGCACGAGACCGCAACCAGAGACGUUUGGGAGAUGCUGCCAAAAAGGCCAUCAGUAAGCUGCAAGUACGCACCAUUAAGAAAGGAGAUAAGGAGACUGAAUCAGACUUUGACAACUGUGCAGUUUGCAUUGAAGGUUAUAAACCCAAUGAUGUUGUAAGGAUAUUACCAUGCAGACACGUCUUCCAUAAGCACUGUGUAGACCCGUGGCUGCAAGACCACCGUACGUGUCCCAUGUGUAAAAUGAACAUUCUCAAAGCGUUGGGAAUCCCACUCAACGCGGACUGUUCAGACGAUAUUCCUCCAGACUAUGAGACAUCUGUCGGGGGUGCACCCACCAACCCCAUCAGUGGAGCGAGUGAAAUCACAGUUAACGAGAGCUCGGUGGUUCUGGAUCCAGCUGGAAGAGCAAUGAUCCUUCAGCAGCUCCACCCUAACGCAGAGACAGAACCUCAGGCAGGAGAGGAGAGCCGCAUCAUUGCCAGCAGUGAGCACCAGCCUCCACUCAGCAGCGAUUCAGACACUUCUAUCAUGACGGGCGUGGAGGUAGGCAUUUCUGAGGUCGACGUGUCCACAGAGCAGGAAUGUGAGGUGGCCAAAUCCUGAGCCAAUCGAAGCUGAGAAAAAAAAAAAGCAUGAUUCACCUGGAAAAGGAGGACGAGAGCAGGACCGAGUGACCGGGGGGCCCUAGAUAUUCGCCACGUCUUUGGCCCCUGGAGUAGGUGACUUCUCAGAAGAUGGGCAAAUGAGCAAUACAACAUAGCAGCACAAAAAACAUCCAGUUCUGUCUUUACUGCAUCUGUGGACAUGUUGCUUGCUCGUUUUCUAGCAGUCACACCACACCAUUUUGUUGGUUAGACUGCCAUGGUGACCAGACAGCCAAUCACAGCUCUCACAUUGUGGUGACCCAGUUUUUGUCCAUAUAAUUGUUUCACAUCCUUAAACCUAGCAUCUGAAAUGCAAUGUUGUAGCUCUUCACAGUACUGAGAAGGCUAAAUUAGUUUCUCAUCACUCUGGCAACCUAAACCUGCUGCUAGACACAAUAUGAGCACAGGAGCAGCAGGACCUUCUUAAUGCCAGAUUGAAGCAUUAAUUAUUAUUAAAAAAUAAUGCAGAUUGUUUGAUUUGUUGGUACGAAAUCACUGCCAACAUAUUCCAGAAGUAAGUUUUAUUGAUGUGAUUUUUUCUCUGUCCCUAACAAUUGGUGUGAAUUCCCACCAGCAAUUUUUUCAACUUCAGACAUGGGUACAUGUUAUUAUCCCUUGAAAACUUGAAGCUUAGGUCUUUAAGUUCAUGUGGUCAUGUAACAUUUGAGGAGUUGAAAUAUGUAUGCACACAUUAUGCUGUAAUUUCUGAAUUUCUUAAUGUAACUGUUUCUGUUACUAUUUUGUGAGACCUUCGUUUGUAACUUUUACCAACUGAAUAUUCCUGUUGUUGAGAGGAAGUAAUCAAACACAAGGGAGAUAUUUCUGUCCUCACAUUUGACAAUCGUAGCUUGCCACAAGCAGUUUGAAGUGAUGUCACCCACUGCCCUACUGAAACUGCUGCUGAUUUACAAGUUAUCACAACACAUGGCGCUGGUGAUCGCUCCCUGCUGUUGGUCACAGGGAAAUGUCCAUAUCUGUGUUAACACUGCUGCUAAAUACAGCUGGCAAUAGCAGUUGUCACUACCAAAUACUGGCAGUGUGCACAUCCUGGAGACAAACUUCCUACACUUGUCAAGCCAGCCAAUAUAAAUCAGCAAACAAGUCUUUGUGCCAAGAUUAUCAGUAGUACUUUAAACACAGUAGUUGUUUUUCAUGCACACUGAUUCCCUUGGCUGUCAGACAGACUGGAAUGACACUGAAUGUGUUCAUGAGAUAUAAAACUGAAGAAAUAACACGAGGCUUACGCCAGUUGAAAGAGGGAGAGAGGACUGUUUUUGGUGGACAAUGAAGGAGCUAUGCCUUGCCUGACAAAUAAGCUGAAUUUAAAAUGGUCUGGAUGUUCUUUGAGGAAUUUGAAGCUCCAAGCAUGGAAUUUUUUUAAGGCAUGAAAAGCUUAGAGCAUGAAAAUGUUUACAACUAUGGAAUCAGUGAAAAGUUUUGCUUGGACUACAUCCACACUAAGCUGGCUUAUUUUAGAAAAUGACACGUAUGCAGCCUAGUGUUGUCGGGGUUAGUGGUUUUCACAAAGGUCUCCACAUAAACACUUGAACGAUAGGAAAACGGCAACAUUGCUUAUUCUUCAUCCUCGGUCAGCAAACGACAAACCUCAUCACAGCCAACAUGUACUCAGAAAUGGGUUCCACUGGCAGUUACUCUGAUGAGUUGAAAAGAGCAGUUUAUGUUUAUGUAUAAACAUAAACAUAAAAAUAUGUAUAUGUUUAAGGGUACAACGCCCUCUGGUGGCUCAACAUUAACCUCAUGUAGAAGCCCAAGAAUAAAGAAGGUGACCACACAAGUUUUUAGUUGAGCUGCAAAUUUGAGUCAUAUAGAAAAUCCUCUCAUUUUGAUUAGCAUUUUAUUUGGAGUUAAUCGCCAUCACAGUUGUCACACUUGCAGUUACAGCUUAGUUUUUAAGGUGAGAGGACAGAUCAGCUUUAGCCAGCUUAGUGUGGACGUACUCUUAGACUCCCAUGAUGAUGCUGACUGUUAACCUACAUUCAUCAUCUCUUACAGUUUGUAGCAGAUUUAAUUAUUCUACUUUUCCCCUUCUUGUGUUCUGUUGUAGUCCUGUCAAUCACCGUAUAAGAAGUUUUUCAGUAAUGUCAUAUUGAGCAAGGUCAGUAGGAUCCAAUACUCAACUGGAUCUGUGUCCUCUCACAUUCCUGUAGACUUGCACACUGAUGAAGCACAGACCCGCUGACUGUGUCGAUGGAGCCAGUGGAAUUUAACUGAGUUUUUUUUUCACUUCCAGUCAUAGUUUCCAUGUCCUGGGACUCUGUUAUGUAACACACACGUGCACACGCCCCAGUUUGGGUCAAUAAUUGAAGGAUCAUUGAAUGUAGGGGUAAAUGUUUCAGCGUUUCAUGAAAGCGUUGGUUUUAGAAAACAUGUUACGUUUCUUUAAGCGUUUUGUGAGACUGUAUGUUCUUCGUUGUAACAGCUUAAGACAACACUUUCUAGAGAUAACCAUAGUAAUGUAAGAAUAUUUGGGCUCUGACAGCAGUGUUUCCCUGUAAAAUAAUGCCUGCAGUUGGGAAAAAGCUUGACAGUUUUCACAUUACCUCACUUUACAUUUAACUAUCAUUAGCACAUACUGAGCAGUUCGACAUGUAACCUACAAUUUCAACAUGACUGACGUGUGAUAGGAAGCACUCAUGAAUGUACAUUUUCAUACACUAUCUAUACAAUACACGUGGUAAUAGUUGGUUUGAUAAAAAGCCUGGUUUACUUCUAACUAUACAUCUUUGGCAUUGUGGAUAUGAAAGUAAAGGGUGAUUGUGAUUCUUGCCAGCACAUUAUAGAUACAGAUGUUUAAGUCUCAGUCUAUCUAUUCUGGACCUUUUUAAGCCUCCUGUAUGAUACAUCAACUCACAUGGAUAUUGAGACAGCACAAUACAUGAGACAGAAACGCCCAACAACAUCAAUAUCUCUCCUCGUCUUUCUUAUUUGUUCUUACUGGCCCACGCUUUGAAUUCAUGAGUCUUCAAUCAUGAGCACAAAAACAUAACAAAACUCUCUGUCUCUUUCUGACCAUUUGUUUGGUCGGCGUAGCAACAAGAUAAAGCAAAGCACAUCUGUUUUCCGUACCAGAUCUCUUGAUUCUGGCUGUAUACUGCCUGAGAGAGCGAAUUUGUCUAAAGCUGGAUUAAGGCCUUCUUUUCAUGGAGCAACUAUAAUAAUGAUAAAUAUAUAUAUUAUUAAUAUAAUAAUAAGCUAUAGGGACAUCUCUCAGUUUUGUCUGUUUACAGUGUUUCAAUAACAACUCUCUUGUAGGAAUAAAUAGAAUUCAAAAGAAUUAUAAGACACAAAAGACCUUGGUGUACUCCAUGUAAUGGCAUUCAGUGUACUUAUGAAGUAGGGUUGUUGUUCCUAAUUGUACCUGCAACGUUAAGUAACACUUUAUUUUAUGUGUCUGUAAUUUCCAUCAUUUCCAACAAGGUUCCUGGAAGGAACUGUGUAAUUUGGUGCUAAUUUUGGAGAAAGUAGAAAUGUUUUUUAAAAGAAAAGCUCAAACUAAAUAUUCAUCAACCUUCAUACAUUGUCAAUAUAUUAUUGGAAACGUUAUUCUCCAUAUGUCUUCAUUUAUUAUAAAUUAAUUUUUAUUUGUUUAUUUGUCAGGGACAUAUGUCCUUGGCCAUCCAAAAAAUGGAGUAAAACAACAAAUCUUGUAAAAAUCCAUAUACACUGCAUAUUAAAUAAGCACAAAACACAUCCACCAAUAAAUAAUGUCACAGUAUAACACAUAGUAAUUAGCAGAAUAAAAGCCUCUCUAGGUUAAAUGGAUUAAGUUGAAGUGAAUGCAUCAAUUGAAUGCUCUCUAUAUUUCCUUAUAAUUAGCACCAAAUGAGGUUAAGUAUUCAACCUUUAUUCAGAAAUUAUAGACCUGUAAAAUAAAGCAUGGCCCAACAUGCAGUAGUUUCAUUAUCAGUAGUUAAUCAAAGCUUUUGUGUAUUUCAUUUUGUCACCUUGUCACGUGUUUUCUUGUGUUAAUGUAAAUUUUCCUCUAUUGCACUUUAACCCUCCAGUGGAUGGGGAGCGGCUAUGCUGAACGACUUGAGAAAGUCUUUUUUUAUGUACAGCUUUUGAGAAAGAGGGCUACAGUGUUGAACAUGGCACAUGAUUAAGUUGUUGCUUAUUGUAUAAUGUUGUGAUCUUUUAUCUGUACUCUUGUGUAUAUGUGGGGGGGGAUCAAUAUAUUGUACACUAUACCCAGCAGAAAUAACAGCAUUGCUAUUUUGUAAUAUAAAAGAAUUCUAAGUAUGA